CUCAGCCUCCUGGAACUCUGACUGGAGGGAAGCUUGCGGCAGUUGGUGAGAGAGCGAGCAGCGAAGCGGUGGUGUUAUUUAUUUUAAUCCGUUCAACGGGGAAUUUAACUUUUUUUGAAAAGUUGUCACUCUUCAAAAAACAAACAGUUUAUCACUGGAUAGUUCCCGGAUUACAUGUUCAUAUUUGUUUUAUCUGAAAGAGAGUUGCAUAUGAAGAGGAUAUCCCAGUUUCUUAGACAUUCUGUAAAUGGCUCCAGCCCUGACUGAAACAGCCACUGAUGGACAUGGGGUCCACCUGUCCUCUCCCCUACCUUCCAGUGCCAUUGCACCAGAUACAGCUAUCCUUGGGAAAGAAUCAGGAACAUCCCAACAGAAACUGAUGGGGAACAGUGACGCACAAUCUGCCUGGAUCAAGCUGACUUACCCACACUCUCCUAAUGGUUCCAGUGAUGACGUAAUGGGUUUAGAGCAUACGCCUUUUGGAUCCCCUCAAGCCUCGGGACAUUAUAAAACUGUUCUACUAGCUAGCACCAACUCUCUGUUAAAUCUACUUUCCCUAAACAAGAACCUGAAUGGGGGUAAACAUUCAAUCAUGACGUGUCCAAGAGGUUCUUGUAAAGAUAUCUCUGAUCAUCCAAAUGUUUUUUAUGUUUCAGUUCCAGAUAUUAAGCGUAAAGUUGUUCCAAAAGUUUGUGAGAAAACGGGCCCCAAUUUUAGGCAAGAAAGUGCGCCAGAUGCGGACGCUGUGAUGAAUUCUUCUCAAACGACGAACCGCAGGCACAGCGUAAGUGAGUCUAAUGCUUCAGCCAAGGGCCCAUUUACAUUCUUGAUGCCGACCAAAAUAAACGGGUCAUUGGGGAGAGUACCGGCAUUGCAUGGCAGUGCUGUCAAAGUGGGUUUCAAUGCCAAGCAGUGGGAUUCCGAUGAAGCAAGAGAUGUGAUACUUACCAAUUGCACAGAUGGGAAAGAAACUGGAACUAACAGACAGCUGUUUCAGUGCCUUACCAAGCAUCAAACUCUUGUGAAUCAGGCAAGCAAGAUACAAAAACGCUUACAGAUUCUCCUAGGGGAGCAUGCUGCAGAGCACUGCAGUAACCAGAUUGGGGGACUGGUAGAUCAUCAUCUCCGAUCAAAAGCCUUCCGCAGCUCAGCUGGGACCGGGCCCACUUGUAGCCCUUUAGUAAACAGCUCCUUUGAUCAUUCUGAAGUGGAGCAGGGUCCUUUCAAAAGCAAUCAAAAUGAUUCCAUGCCAACAAGAUGUACUUUAGAAGUCCAGGAGUUUGCCUGCUCAGUUAAAGCAGUGCUCUCCCGGGUUGAAGAGACUCUGGACUCUGAUGCCACUGGCAGCAGUUCGGAUGAAGAAUGGGAACAGGAAUUAGCAACGGGGAAAAGGAAUUUGCCAGUUAAUCACACUUGUGAAUGGAGAUGGCUCUCAGAACGAGCUGAAAUUGGCAGCCGUUGGACAUGGCUUCAAGCCAGAAUAUCUGAUCUUGAAUAUAAAAUCCAACAGCUUAGUGACCUCCACACACAGAUACACUCCACAAAGGGGAGAGUAAUCCUGGAAGAUUCCCAGCCCUUAAGUGACAGGCUGAUUCAGCAAAUGCUAUUGACAGAAACUGCAGGUCUAUUGAACACUGCCAGAGAUAAUACAACCCCUGCAGAGAUAGAGGACUUUUCCUUAGAACAUGAUUUUGAAAUGGAACCAAGCAGCCCUACUCACCUCCUCAGAAAUAUAGAGAGACAGAGUGCCCAGCUUACAGAAAUAGUCAGCAGUUUGAUACCACCUCUCAGUUUCUCCCCCUCUUCCUCUCCUGUCUCAUCCAAACCGUGCAGUUGGAAAGGACAGUCAAAAAGCAAAGUAGAAAGCAGAGAUGUGUUUUCUAAAAGAAUCAGCUGUGUCUCUGGCCAGCACAGUAUUAAAAAGCGACGAGUUAGUAAAAGAAAACCGAGAGUUCCCCACAUAAACAGCACAUGUGUGUCAGCCAGAACAAGGCCCCUUCGAACUUACCAGAAACGCAGACUCUUCUCUUUAGACUCUCAAAAGGCCGAGUUACCUCCAGCUGCCCCAUGUCAAUGUAACAGUCACUAUGAUCACCACUGUGAGUCUGUAAGAAUGACAAAAACUGAGCAGAUUGGACUGCUGGAAUCUUCCGUUCACCCUGUACUGUCAGUAUCAUCAGAUGUUCCUCUUCCUCUCCAUCUGCACACAUUACUGCAACAGGAGGAUUGGGUGAACCGGCCAAUUCCACCAACAGAGGAUGUCAAACCUUCAGUCUUUACCAGCGGUGGAAAUGAGAUGCCUGCUCUCACAACAUUGAUUGAUUGUGGCUAUGGUGAGGAUCAUUAUUCGAAACUUCAUGGUUGGGCUGGUCAGUCAGCUAUCCACAGACCUCAAAACGGGCAGGAAACACCAAGACAGCUAUAUAGGGAAGGAAGGAAAAGAAGACACUCUCAUGAAGAACCUUUUCUGUCCAAAUUGAUGAAGCCUCCCUUUUACCUGCCUCCCUAUCCAGAAGACAGUGCUUCUGAUAUCAUGACAUCCAAAUCCACACUGUCCCAUAAACAACCCACACAGAACUCUGCAAGGAGACGCCUUCGAAGUGAAUGCUUCUAUGACAUUGACAAUAUUGUGAUUCCUAUGUCACUAGCUGCAACCAGUAAGGUCGAGAAGCUGCAGUAUAAGGACAUUAUCACUCCAAGCUGGCGAGUUGUUGACAUUCAACCUUUAGAGGGGAUUCAUUUGGAAGAAGAAGAGGUGGAAGACCUAGCAGAUCAGUCUUUUUUUGCAAGGCAUGUGAAAUGUGAAGACAAGGAAAAAAAAAGAUGGACCUUUUGGGAGCAAAACAGAUGGCACAGACAAAAUAGCAGGUCCUCCAGUAAAAGCUCAAGCUGCACUCUGCAUCCUUUACAUUCCCCAUGGAAUUGUACAGCUGGGGCCACUCAGAACAUGCCAUCCACACAAGGAGACUGCACCUGGCAAAGCACAGCUCCCAAUUCCUCUGCCCUAGAGGAGGAUGACCAAGAUGAAAAAUUUAUAUUGCCUUGGGAAAGCAGAAUUUUUCCUUUAGAUGACCAAGAAGUUGAAGCCUUAAAGCCCCAUAAAGUUUCACCGUUUGAGGAACAGACCUCACAGCACUUAAGAACUUUUUCCUGCAGUUCAGAUGGUGGGGUGUAUGAGAACACAUCAGGAACCUCUGCUUGUACCACCAUUGCACCACCUGCUGGAGAUCCACUGCAUGUUCCCAAGGAGGAACGCCACACUUCCAGUGGAUGUCAAAAUAGUAUACAGAAUACUGCUUCCUAUGAGGCAGCCAGAAAGCAGAAGGGAUAUCGCAGCGAUAUGCUAGCAAUGAGCUUGACUGGAAGAGGACAGCACAUAGAGCGGGAUCAAGACGUGUUAUACCAACAUGUUUCUAGUAUUCUAACAGUUUAGAAGGAAAUGUAUUCAAAUGCAGUUUUAACUUUUGUACUAUAUUAUCUUUUUAUACUGUAAAAUCUGUUCAUUUUAGCAGUGUUUAGAUUUUUUUUAAUAUAUAUAUAUUUCUGUACUAAAACAAGCUGUUUUCAUUGUCAGCCGUUCUGUUACAGAGAAAUGUACCUAAAGGUCAGUGAGCUAGCUGGUAGAGAAAGUGAUGGUAUGGUUUCUUUCUCAAAGAUUACUCAUUACUAAGGCCCAUGUAGAUUUUACACCACUAAUUGGACCUGAUACCAUGAUUAAAUCGUUUUUCUUUGCUGUAGCAUUGAAGACAACAUUAAUAUAUAUUAGAUUUAGGUAAUAUAAUAUGCUAGUUUAACUUGACACAGUACUGCAUUCUUUGAAAUUCUGCAGGCUAACACGUGACACUAUUGGCAAACAUACUGACAUAUUAUCUCGCUGAAAUUCUCCCCAAAUACCACCAUCUGCUGCUAGCACAAGUGUGUUCUGUAUUUUAAAGCAAAUCUGUAACCCAUGUCGCCUCCCUCAGCGUUUCUCUUUGUUGUUGCAAUGUGUGUGCACAAAUGUCUUUUGUUCAGUAGUAGCCUCUUGCAUAUCUUUUCUCUACCUGCUUCGGACUUGUUUUCUGACAAUAAAUAGUGGUCAGAAAUGACUAGUUACAGAAAAUGUGUAAGAAUUCAGAUAUUGAGUAUUUUUUUGUUAUUUAGAUUUUUAAUCUCAGGCAAGAUACUGAGCCAAAGAUGUGUACACAUAAUAGAGAUACAUACUGUACAGUGAAACAAUAAUACAUUUUUACAAAAAUAAGAAAAUGUACUAUAUUUUUAUUUAAAAAUAAGUAAUUUAUGAGGGAGCUUUAAAUACAUAAAACAAAUAAUAUACUUUUGAUAGUUAAAAUGUAAACCACCACAAACAGAAAAAGCAAAUGAAAUUAAAUUUCCAUAGACUGCCAUAAAUGUCAGGAUGAAACUUUUUCUAUAAAAAAAAAAGCUCUAACAAAGAUUGAUAAAGAAGUGACCUGCUAUUGUGGAAUGCCUUACAUGUAGAAGCAGUACAGGUUUUAUUGUCUUCUCUUUAAAUCAAGAGUCUCACAACCAUUCUACCCACAGGAUCCCAAUGGAAAAGCAGUAUGUACUGAAUAAAAAUAAGCCUUGGCCUGUCUCAGUUCCGUAUUCUGCAUGACCACUGUGUGAUAUUAAUAUGGAGAGAUGAAUCACCAAGUGUGCAGUGUCUCUUGUUACUGAACUGAUGUCUCAUAUACUGAGCAUCACUUUGGGGACAAACAGUCC